AUGUGGAAAGGGAUUGGGAAGAUAAUCAGGGAUUUUGGAGAGUAUGCUUGCAAGGAAAGGAAGACUGAAAAGAAAGAAGAGCUUUCUAUAAUGGGCUGGGGGAGGAAUAGGGAGCUUAUUCAAGACCCUGGACACUUCAAGGUGAAAUCUGGCAACCCCUCUCACAAUGGCCGUGUGUGCAGCACAUGGGGUAACUUCCACUUCAAGACCUUUGAUGGGGACGUCUUUUACUUCCCUGGGGUCUGCAAUUACAUCUUUGUAUCCAACUGCAAGUCUUCCUAUGAGGACUUCAACAUCCAGAUUAGGCGUGCAAUGGUGGAAAAUGCCACUGUGAUCACUCAUGUCAUCAUGAAGCUGGAAGGAGUAGUGAUCGAACUGACACCCAGCUCUGUCCUGCUCGACAACAAAUUGGUCCAGAUGCCCUACAGCCAUAUGGGAGUCUUCAUAGAGAGAAGUAACAACUAUUUGAAAGUUUCUGCCAAGUUGGGACUGACCUUCCUUUGGAAUGGACAAGAUGCCCUCCUGGUGGAAUUAGAUAAGAAAUAUGCCAAUCAAACUUGUGGACUUUGUGGGGACUUCAAUGGAAUUCCAGUCAGCAAUGAAUUUAUUUCGGGGAAGACAAAACUGACUCCCAUACAGUUUGGUAAUAGGCAGAAGAUGGAUGGACCCACAGAGCAGUGUGAUGAUCCUACUCCUCCUACUUCUCUGAUUAACUGCUCAAGAGAAUUUGCUUCUAUCUGUGAGACAGUAUUAACCAGCAAAGCAUUUACGAGUUGUAACACGCUUGUGAAUGUCCAGGACUACAUUGAAACUUGCAUACAAGACCUGUGCCACUGUGACAGCUCGAUGGCUGACUUCUGCAUGUGUAACACCUUUGCUGAGUACUCCCGGCAGUGUGCUCAUGCAGGUGGACAGCCCCUGAACUGGAGAACCUCAGACCUGUGCCCCAAAUCAUGUCCGUUCAACAUGCAAUACCAUGAGUGUGGCUCUCCCUGCUCUGACACGUGCAGCAACCUGGAACGAUCUACACUUUGUGAAGAUCACUGCACAGAUGGCUGCGUUUGUCCUCCAGGAAUGGUAUUUGAUGAUGUUAAUGGUGCCGGCUGCAUUCCCCGCAGAGAAUGCCACUGUACCUAUGAAGGUGAAACUUAUGCUCCUGGUGCCUCCUUCUCAUCUAAAUGCAGAUCAUGUUCCUGUGUUGGAGGUGAAUGGUCUUGUGUCACUCAGUCAUGCCCUGGGACUUGCAGUGUUGAAGGAGGUUCCCACAUUUCAACAUUUGAUGAGAAAUACUAUUCUUUCUUUGGAGACUGUAGUUAUGUCCUAACCAAGCUCUGCGACAGCAAUGAAUUCACAGUGUUGGGGGAUAUCCACAGGUGUGGUCUGACUGACACUGAGACAUGCCUCAAGGGUGUAGCCAUCAGCCUAAAUGGAGGACAAACGAACAUUGUGGUCCAGCCUUCUGGGAGCGUAUUUGUGAAUAUGAUCUACACACAGUUACCAUUCUCAGCAGCAAAUGUCACUAUCUUCAGGCCUUCAUCUUUCUUCAUAAUUCUGCAAACAACUUUUGGUCUUCAGCUACAGGUUCAACUCAUGCCUUUGAUGCAAGUUUUUAUAGACUUAGAUCCAUCACAUAAAGGGCAGACCUGUGGUCUCUGUGGAAACUUCAACAAUGUACAGACAGAUGAUUUCAAAACCACCAGUGGUGUGAUAGAGGGCACUUCAGCUGCCUUUGGCAAUACUUGGAAAACUCGAGCUGAUUGUUCUGAUGCCAAAAAUACCUUUGAGGACCCCUGUACUGUCAGCAUACAAAAUGACCAGUAUGCUCAGCACUGGUGUGGACUGCUCUCCGAUACCCUGGGACCUUUUGCUGAAUGUCACUCAACAGUGAAUCCAGAAGUUUACCAUAAGACCUGUAUGUUUGACACGUGUAACUGUGAGAAGAGUGAGGACUGCAUGUGUGCUGCCCUUUCCAGCUAUGUCAGAGCCUGUGCUGCUAAAGGAGUUCUUCUCACUGGGUGGAGGAGCAAAGCCUGCACAAAAUACACCACCUUGUGUCCGAAGUCCUUGAAAUACACCUACAAUGUUGAUUCCUGUCAACCCACCUGCCGCUCUCUGAGUCAGCCUGAUGUCACAUGCAGCAUCAAGUUUGUCCCAGUUGAUGGCUGUACCUGCAUAAAUGGAACCUACAUGGAUGACAGUGGCAAAUGUGUGCCUGCUUCUAGCUGUCCUUGUUACUACAAGGGAACUCCUCUGUCUUCUGGUGAAGUUGUUCAUGAUAAUGGUGUUGUCUGCACUUGCACCUAUGGAAAGCUGAGCUGCAUUGGAGAGAAGCCAGAACCAGUCUGUGUGCUUCCCAUGGUGUAUGUUGACUGUGACAAUAUCACUGCAAAUGUGGUAGGAGCAGGAUGCCAGAAGAGCUGUCAGACUCUAGAUAUGGAAUGUUACAAAACUCACUGUGUCUCUGGCUGCGUAUGUCCUCAUGAUCAAGUGUUGGAUGGCAAAGGUGACUGUAUCGCUCCAGAAGACUGUCCAUGUAUUCACAAUGGGAUUUCCUACAGUCCAGGAGAAUCAAUCAGAGUUGGCUGUAACAACUGCACAUGUAGAAACAGAAAAUGGCAAUGCUCUGAGGAACCCUGCCUGGAAACAUGUUCUGUUUAUGGCGAUGGGCAUUAUACCACCUUUGAUGGCAAACGCUUUGAUUUUGAAGGAGACUGUGAAUAUGUUCUGGUCCAGAACUACUGUCGUCAACAAGCUAUGAACCAGGGAACCUUCAGAGUCAUCACUGAGAACAUUCCAUGUGGCACUACAGGAACUACCUGCUCCAAGUCUAUUAAAGUUUUCCUGGGUAACUAUGAGCUGGUACUCAGUGAUGGACACUCUGAUGUCAUCCAGAGGACACCUGGAGGAAAAAUGCCAUUCCAAAUUCAUUCCAUGGGCAUCUACCUGGUGGUUGAUACUACUGUUGGUCUGAUACUCAUGUGGGACAAGAAAACUAGUAUAUUCAUCAAACUUAGUCCCAGCUUUCAGGGCCAUGUCUGCGGACUUUGUGGAAACUAUGAUGGCAAUGGAAAUAAUGACUUCACUACUCGCAGUCAGUCUGUGGUAGGAAAUGUGCUGGAGUUUGCCAAUAGCUGGAAAGUAUCUUCUAAUUGCCCAAAUGCCAAUCGUACGCAGGAUCCGUGCACUGCAAACCCAUACAGGAAAGCCUGGGCACAGAAGCAAUGUAGCAUCAUCACCAGUGAAGUGUUUGCAAAGUGUCACUCACAGGUUGAACCAAAUGAAUAUUACCAAGCAUGUGUGGAUGAUGCUUGUGCCUGUGACACUGGAGGAGACUGUGAAUGUUUCUGCACAGCAGUAGCUGCCUAUGCUCAAGCAUGUAAUGAGCUAGACAUCUGCAUAUCAUGGAGAACCCCAUCCAUUUGUCCUCUCUUCUGUGAUUACUAUAAUCCACAAGGGGAAUGUGAGUGGCACUACAAGCCGUGUGGAGCACCUUGUAUGAAGACCUGCAAUAAUCCAAGUGGGAAAUGUCUUCAUGAGACGAGGGGUUUGGAAGGUUGCUAUCCACAAUGUCCAAAGAAUAAGCCCUAUUUUGAUGAGGAAACUAUGACCUGUGUUUCUUACUGUGGUUGUUAUGAAGAUGGAAAAUAUUACAAACCAGGAAUGGAGAUGCCUUCAAAGAAGAAAUGUGAAUCAUGUGAAUGUACAAUUCAUGGCAAAAAAUGCAGAUAUGAUGAACAUGUGUCACCAACUACAUCAGUAUGUGUUCAUGAAGUCUGCGAGUGGUCAGAAUGGUAUGAUGGGAGUCUACAAACCCCUGGCUAUGAUGGGGGAGAUUUUGAAACAUUUGAUGAUUUACGAGCAAAAGGUUAUGAAGUUUGUAAAGCCCCAAAGGCUGUUGAAUGCAGAGCAGAGAAGUUCCCUGAUAUACCACUGAAAGACCUUGGCCAAAAAGUAGACUGCAGUACAACACAAGGGCUUAUAUGUUACAACAAGGAUCAAAUUUCAACAAUGUGCAAUAACUACGAAAUCAGAAUCCUCUGCUGUGUUUUUGUACCAUGCUUUUCCACAACGCCUUUCAGCACAUCUACCCCAGUCACAACUCCAACUCCGACAGAAACAUCUACUGAAACAACAUAUUCAGUUACUACUGAAAGUACAACAUUCAUACCUUCACCCACUGAAGAAACAACUAAAAUGACAACACCUGUCACCACAUCCCCUUCAACAAUACCUCUUUGCUUCAAAGAAAAAUGCUACUGGUCAAGAUGGUAUGAUGUCAGUUACCCAGGGUCAGGUUACAAUGAUGGAGAUUUUGAUACGAUUGAGAACAUUAAAAAUAAGGGAUACAAAGUCUGCAACAAUAGAAAGGAUGUGGAAUGUAGAGCAGUACGGUUCCCUAACACACCAUAUCCUCUACUGGAGCAACACAUAAUGUGUAACACAGAACAAGGGUUGAAAUGUUACAAUAAAGAUCAACUGCCACCCAUCUGCUAUAAUUAUGAAUUGCGUUUUAAAUGCUGCAUGAAUAUAAGAGUGCCGUGUGAAAACACCCCUGAAAUUCUGACUACAACAACACAAACAACUACAAGGUAUUCAAGUACAAUGUUCAGACCAGAACCAACAACUCUAAGUUUACAAACGAAACAUAAGACAACAACUGAAUACACAACUGAACCAAAAACAGAUUACAUCCACACCAGAAUAACAUCAAAACCAACAAUGCAAACUCAAAAACAAACUACAAAACUGACAAGCAGCACAACAACAAAAAGUACAACAUAUUCAAAUAUUACCCCCUGUGAACCUGAAGUGUGCACCUGGAGCCAAUGGUUCGACGUCGACUUCCCCUCCUCGGGGCCCAACCAGGGAGACUUCGAAACCUACCAGCACAUCCGCGCCGCCGGCAAGCGAGUCUGCCUGCAGCCAAAGCAGAUCGAGUGCCAGGCAGAGGACUACCCUGAGGUUCCUAUCCAGCAGGUGGGGCAGGUCGUGCAGUGCGAUGUCCAUUUUGGACUGGUGUGCAAGAACGAGGACCAGACGGGCAAAUUCAAGAUGUGCCUCAACUACAAGAUCCGCGUGCUCUGCUGCACCCCCAACUACAACUGCUCAAUCCCAAUCCCCGUGAUAACAACCAGCCCCACCACCAGCACCACGACCAGAGGCAUCCCAUCCUCCACCACAGUCACCACCUCCACCUCCACGCCCUACAUCUCCACCACCACGAGUCCUACCUCCACGGAAGUCAGCACUACCACCAGCACCACCAGCCCCACGUCGACGACGUCUACCACAACUUCCUCCACCACCCCCUGUGAACCCGAAGCGUGCACCUGGAGCCAAUGGUUCGACGUCGACUUCCCCUCCUCGGGGCCCAACCAGGGAGACUUCGAAACCUACCAGCACAUCCGCGCCGCCGGCAAGCGAGUCUGCCGGCAGCCAAAGCAGAUCGAGUGCCAGGCGGAGGACUACCCUGAGGUUCCUAUCCAGCAGGUGGGGCAGGUCGUGCAAUGCGACGUCCACUUUGGACUGGUGUGCAAGAACGAGGACCAGACGGGCAAAUUCAAGAUGUGCCUCAACUACAAGAUCCGCGUGCUCUGCUGCACCCCCAACUACAACUGCUCAAUCCCAAUCCCCGUGAUAACAACCAGCCCCACCACCAGCACCACGACCAGAGGCAUCCCAUCCUCCACCACAGUCACCACCUCCACCUCCACGCCUUACAUCUCCACCACCACGAGUCCCACCUCCACGGAAAUCAGCACUACCACCAGCACCACCAGCCCCACGUCGACGACGUCUACCACAACUUCCUCCACCACCCCCUGUGAACCCGAAGUGUGCACCUGGAGCCAAUGGUUCGACGUCGACUUCCCCUCCUCGGGGCCCAACCAGGGAGACUUCGAAACCUACCAGCACAUCCGCGCCGCCGGCAAGCGAGUCUGCCUGCAGCCAAAGCAGAUCGAAUGCCAGGCGGAGGACUACCCUGAGGUUCCUAUCCAGCAGGUGGGGCAGGUCGUGCAGUGCGACGUCCACUUUGGACUGGUGUGCAAGAACGAGGACCAGACGGGCAAAUUCAAGAUGUGCCUCAACUACAAGAUCCGCGUGCUCUGCUGCACCCCCAACUACAACUGCUCAAUCCCAAUCCCCGUGAUAACAACCAGCCCCACCACCAGCACCACGACCAGAGGCAUCCCAUCCUCCACCACAGUCACCACCUCCACCUCCACGCCCUACAUCUCCACCACCAUGAGUCCCACCUCCACGGAAAUCAGCACUACCACCAGCACCACCAGCCCCACGUCGACGACGUCUACCACAACUUCCUCCACCACCCCCUGUGAACCCGAAGUGUGCACCUGGAGCCAAUGGUUCGACGUCGACUUCCCCUCCUCGGGGCCCAACCAGGGAGACUUCGAAACCUACCAGCACAUCCGCGCCGCCGGCAAGCGAGUCUGCCGGCAGCCAAAGCAGAUCGAGUGCCAGGCGGAGGACUACCCUGAGGUUCCUAUCCAGCAGGUGGGGCAGGUCGUGCAGUGCGACGUCCACUUUGGACUGGUAUGCAAGAACGAGGACCAGACGGGCAAAUUCAAGAUGUGCCUCAACUACAAGAUCCGCGUGCUCUGCUGCACCCCCAACUACAACUGCUCAAUCCCAAUCCCCGUGAUAACAACCAGCCCCACCACCAGCACCACGACCAGAGGCAUCCCAUCCUCCACCACAGUCACCACCUCCACCUCCACGCCCUACAUCUCCACCACCACAAGUCCCACCUCCAUGGAAAUCAGCACUACCACCAGCACCACCAGCCCCACGUCGACGACGUCUACCACAACUUCCUCCACCACCCCCUGUGAACCCGAAGUGUGCACCUGGAGCCAAUGGUUCGACGUCGACUUCCCCUCCUCGGGGCCCAACCAGGGAGACUUCGAAACCUACCAGCACAUCCGCGCCGCCGGCAAGCGAGUCUGCCGGCAGCCAAAGCAGAUCGAGUGCCAGGCGGAGGACUAUCCUGAGGUUCCUAUCCAGCAGGUGGGGCAGGUCGUGCAAUGCGACGUCCACUUUGGACUGGUGUGCAAGAACGAGGACCAGACGGGCAAAUUCAAGAUGUGCCUCAACUACAAGAUCCGCGUGCUCUGCUGCACCCCCAACUACAACUGCUCAAUCCCAAUCCCCGUGAUAACAACCAGCCCCACCACCAGCACCACGACCACAAGCAUCCCAUCCUCCACCACAGUCACCACCUCCACCUCCACGCCUUACAUCUCCACCACCACGAGUCCCACCUCCACGGAAAUCAGCACUACCACCAGCACCACCAGCCCCACGUCGACGACGUCUACCACAACUUCCUCCACCACCCCCUGUGAACCCGAAGUGUGCACCUGGAGCCAAUGGUUCGACGUCGACUUCCCCUCCUCGGGGCCCAACCAGGGAGACUUCGAAACCUACCAGCACAUCCGCGCCGCCGGCAAGCGAGUCUGCCGGCAGCCAAAGCAGAUCGAGUGCCAGGCGGAGGACUACCCUGAGGUUCCUAUCCAGCAGGUGGGGCAGGUCGUGCAGUGCGACGUCCACUUUGGACUGGUGUGCAAGAACGAGGACCAGACGGGCAAAUUCAAGAUGUGCCUCAACUACAAGAUCCGCGUGCUCUGCUGCACCCCCAACUACAACUGCUCAAUCCCAAUCCCCGUGAUAACAACCAGCCCCACCACCAGCACCACGACCAGAGGCAUCCCAUCCUCCACCACAGUCACCACCUCCACCUCCACGCCCUACAUCUCCACCACCACGAGUCCCACCUCCACGGAAAUCAGCACUACCACCAGCACCACCAGCCCCACGUCGACGACGUCUACCACAACUUCCUCCACCACCCCCUGUGAACCCGAAGUGUGCACCUGGAGCCAAUGGUUCGACGUCGACUUCCCCUCCUCGGGGCCCAACCAGGGAGACUUCGAAACCUACCAGCACAUCCGCGCCGCCGGCAAGCGAGUCUGCCGGCAGCCAAAGCAGAUCGAGUGCCAGGCGGAGGACUACCCUGAGGUUCCUAUCCAGCAGGUGGGGCAGGUCGUGCAAUGCGACGUCCACUUUGGACUGGUGUGCAAGAACGAGGACCAGACGGGCAAAUUCAAGAUGUGCCUCAACUACAAGAUCCGCGUGCUCUGCUGCACCCCCAACUACAACUGCUCAAUCCCAAUCCCCGUGAUAACAACCAGCCCCACCACCAGCACCACGACCAGAGGCAUCCCAUCCUCCACCACAGUCACCACCUCCACCUCCACGCCUUACAUCUCCACCACCACGAGUCCCACCUCCACGGAAAUCAGCACUACCACCAGCACCACCAGCCCCACGUCGACGACGUCUACCACAACUUCCUCCACCACCCCCUGUGAACCCGAAGUGUGCACCUGGAGCCAAUGGUUCGACGUCGACUUCCCCUCCUCGGGGCCCAACCAGGGAGACUUCGAAACCUACCAGCACAUCCGCGCCGCCGGCAAGCGAGUCUGCCUGCAGCCAAAGCAGAUCGAGUGCCAGGCGGAGGACUACCCUGAGGUUCCUAUCCAGCAGGUGGGGCAGGUCGUGCAGUGCGAUGUCCACUUUGGACUGGUGUGCAAGAACGAGGACCAGACGGGCAAAUUCAAGAUGUGCCUCAACUACAAGAUCCGCGUGCUCUGCUGCACCCCCAACUACAACUGCUCAAUCCCAAUCCCCGUGAUAACAACCAGCCCCACCACCAGCACCACGACCAGAGGCAUCCCAUCCUCCACCACAGUCACCACCUCCACCUCCACGCCCUACAUCUCCACCACCACGAGUCCCACCUCCACGGAAAUCAGCACUACCACCAGCACCACCAGCCCCACGUCGACGACGUCUACCACAACUUCCUCCACCACCCCCUGUGAACCCGAAGUGUGCACCUGGAGCCAAUGGUUCGACGUCGACUUCCCCUCCUCGGGGCCCAACCAGGGAGACUUCGAAACCUACCAGCACAUCCGCGCCGCCGGCAAGCGAGUCUGCCGGCAGCCAAAGCAGAUCGAGUGCCAGGCGGAGGACUACCCUGAGGUUCCUAUCCAGCAGGUGGGGCAGGUCGUGCAGUGCGACGUCCACUUUGGACUGGUGUGCAAGAACGAGGACCAGACGGGCAAAUUCAAGAUGUGCCUCAACUACAAGAUCCGCGUGCUCUGCUGCACCCCCAACUACAACUGCUCAAUCCCAAUCCCCGUGAUAACAACCAGCCCCACCACCAGCACCACGACCACAAGCAUCCCAUCCUCCACCACAGUCACCACCUCCACCUCCACGCCUUACAUCUCCACCACCACGAGUCCCACCUCCACGGAAAUCAGCACUACCACCAGCACCACCAGCCCCACGUCGACGACGUCUACCACAACUUCCUCCACCACCCCCUGUGAACCCGAAGUGUGCACCUGGAGCCAAUGGUUCGACGUCGACUUCCCCUCCUCGGGGCCCAACCAGGGAGACUUCGAAACCUACCAGCACAUCCGCGCCGCCGGCAAGCGAGUCUGCCGGCAGCCAAAGCAGAUCGAGUGCCAGGCGGAGGACUACCCUGAGGUUCCUAUCCAGCAGGUGGGGCAGGUCGUGCAGUGCGACGUCCACUUUGGACUGGUGUGCAAGAACGAGGACCAGACGGGCAAAUUCAAGAUGUGCCUCAACUACAAGAUCCGCGUGCUCUGCUGCACCCCCAACUACAACUGCUCAAUCCCAAUCCCCGUGAUAACAACCAGCCCCACCACCAGCACCACGACCACAAGCAUCCCAUCCUCCACCACAGUCACCACCUCCACCUCCACGCCUUACAUCUCCACCACCACGAGUCCCACCUCCACGGAAAUCAGCACUACCACCAGCACCACCAGCCCCACGUCGACGACGUCUACCACAACUUCCUCCACCACCCCCUGUGAACCCGAAGUGUGCACCUGGAGCCAAUGGUUCGACGUCGACUUCCCCUCCUCGGGGCCCAACCAGGGAGACUUCGAAACCUACCAGCACAUCCGCGCCGCCGGCAAGCGAGUCUGCCGGCAGCCAAAGCAGAUCGAGUGCCAGGCGGAGGACUACCCUGAGGUUCCUAUCCAGCAGGUGGGGCAGGUCGUGCAGUGCGACGUCCACUUUGGACUGGUGUGCAAGAACGAGGACCAGACGGGCAAAUUCAAGAUGUGCCUCAACUACAAGAUCCGCGUGCUCUGCUGCACCCCCAACUACAACUGCUCAAUCCCAAUCCCCGUGAUAACAACCAGCCCCACCACCAGCACCACGACCAGAGGCAUCCCAUCCUCCACCACAGUCACCACCUCCACCUCCACGCCUUACAUCUCCACCACCACGAGUCCCACCUCCACGGAAAUCAGCACUACCACCAGCACCACCAGCCCCACGUCGACGACGUCUACCACAACUUCCUCCACCACCCCCUGUGAACCCGAAGUGUGCACCUGGAGCCAAUGGUUCGACGUCGACUUCCCCUCCUCGGGGCCCAACCAGGGAGACUUCGAAACCUACCAGCACAUCCGCGCCGCCGGCAAGCGAGUCUGCCGGCAGCCAAAGCAGAUCGAGUGCCAGGCGGAGGACUACCCUGAGGUUCCUAUCCAGCAGGUGGGGCAGGUCGUGCAGUGCGACAUCCACUUUGGACUGGUGUGCAAGAACGAGGACCAGACGGGCAAAUUCAAGAUGUGCCUCAACUACAAGAUCCGCGUGCUCUGCUGCACCCCCAACUACAACUGCUCAAUCCCAAUCCCCGUGAUAACAACCAGCCCCACCACCAGCACCACGACCAGAGGCAUCCCAUCCUCCACCACAGUCACCACCUCCACCUCCACGCCCUACAUCUCCACCACCAUGAGUCCCACCUCCACGGAAAUCAGCACUACCACCAGCACCACCAGCCCCACGUCGACGACGUCUACCACAACUUCCUCCACCACCCCCUGUGAACCCGAAGUGUGCACCUGGAGCCAAUGGUUCGACGUCGACUUCCCCUCCUCGGGGCCCAACCAGGGAGACUUCGAAACCUACCAGCACAUCCGCGCCGCCGGCAAGCGAGUCUGCCGGCAGCCAAAGCAGAUCGAGUGCCAGGCGGAGGACUACCCUGAGGUUCCUAUCCAGCAGGUGGGGCAGGUCGUGCAGUGCGAUGUCCACUUUGGACUGGUGUGCAAGAACGAGGACCAGACGGGCAAAUUCAAGAUGUGCCUCAACUACAAGAUCCGCGUGCUCUGCUGCACCCCCAACUACAACUGCUCAAUCCCAAUCCCCGUGAUAACAACCAGCCCCACCACCAGCACCACGACCAGAGGCAUCCCAUCCUCCACCGCAGUCACCACCUCCACCUCCACGCCUUACAUCUCCACCACCACGAGUCCCACCUCCAUGGAAAUCAGCACUACCACCAGCCCCACGUCGACGACGUCUACCACAACUUCCUCCACCACCCCCUGUGAACCCGAAGUGUGCACCUGGAGCCAAUGGUUCGACGUCGACUUCCCCUCCUCGGGGCCCAACCAGGGAGACUUCGAAACCUACCAGCACAUCCGCGCCGCCGGCAAGCGAGUCUGCCGGCAGCCAAAGCAGAUCGAGUGCCAGGCGGAGGACUACCCUGAGGUUCCUAUCCAGCAGGUGGGGCAGGUCGUGCAGUGCGACGUCCACUUUGGACUGGUGUGCAAGAACGAGGACCAGACGGGCAAAUUCAAGAUGUGCCUCAACUACAAGAUCCGCGUGCUCUGCUGCACCCCCAACUACAACUGCUCAAUCCCAAUCCCCGUGAUAACAACCAGCCCCACCACCAGCACCACGACCACAAGCAUCCCAUCCUCCACCACAGUCACCACCUCCACCUCCACGCCUUACAUCUCCACCACCACGAGUCCCACCUCCACGGAAAUCAGCACUACCACCAGCACCACCAGCCCCACGUCGACGACGUCUACCACAACUUCCUCCACCACCCCCUGUGAACCCGAAGUGUGCACCUGGAGCCAAUGGUUCGACGUCGACUUCCCCUCCUCGGGACCCAACCAGGGAGACUUCGAAACCUACCAGCACAUCCGCGCCGCCGGCAAGCGAGUCUGCCGGCAGCCAAAGCAGAUCGAGUGCCAGGCGGAGGACUACCCUGAGGUUCCUAUCCAGCAGGUGGGGCAGGUCGUGCAAUGCGACGUCCACUUUGGACUGGUGUGCAAGAACGAGGACCAGACGGGCAAAUUCAAGAUGUGCCUCAACUACAAGAUCCGCGUACUCUGCUGCACCCCCAACUACAACUGCUCAAUCCCAAUCCCCGUGAUAACAACCAGCCCCACCACCAGCACCACGACCAGAGGCAUCCCAUCCUCCACCACAGUCACCACCUCCACCUCCACGCCCUACAUCUCCACCACCACAAGUCCCACCUCCAUGGAAAUCAGCACUACCACCAGCACCACCAGCCCCACGUCGACGACGUCUACCACAACUUCCUCCACCACCCCCUGUGAACCCGAAGUGUGCACCUGGAGCCAAUGGUUCGACGUCGACUUCCCCUCCUUGGGGCCCAACCAGGGAGACUUCGAAACCUACCAGCACAUCCGCGCCGCCGGCAAGCGAGUCUGCCGGCAGCCAAAGCAGAUCGAGUGCCAGGCGGAGGACUACCCUGAGGUUCCUAUCCAGCAGGUGGGGCAGGUCGUGCAGUGCGAUGUCCACUUUGGACUGGUGUGCAAGAACGAGGACCAGACGGGCAAAUUCAAGAUGUGCCUCAACUACAAGAUCCGCGUGCUCUGCUGCACCCCCAACUACAACUGCUCAAUCCCAAUCCCCGUGAUAACAACCAGCCCCACCACCAGCACCACGACCAGAGGCAUCCCAUCCUCCACCGCAGUCACCACCUCCACCUCCACGCCCUACAUCUCCACCACCACGAGUCCCACCUCCACGGAAAUCAGCACUACCACCAGCACCACCAGCCCCACGUCGACGACGUCUACCACAACUUCCUCCACCACCCCCUGUGAACCCGAAGUGUGCACCUGGAGCCAAUGGUUCGACGUCGACUUCCCCUCCUCGGGGCCCAACCAGGGAGACUUCGAAACCUACCAGCACAUCCGCGCCGCCGGCAAGCGAGUCUGCCGGCAGCCAAAGCAGAUCGAGUGCCAGGCGGAGGACUACCCUGAGGUUCCUAUCCAGCAGGUGGGGCAGGUCGUGCAGUGCGAUGUCCACUUUGGACUGGUGUGCAAGAACGAGGACCAGACGGGCAAAUUCAAGAUGUGCCUCAACUACAAGAUCCGCGUGCUCUGCUGCACCCCCAACUACAACUGCUCAAUCCCAAUCCCCGUGAUAACAACCAGCCCCACCACCAGCACCACGACCACAAGCAUCCCAUCCUCCACCACAGUCACCACCUCCACCUCCACGCCCUACAUCUCCACCACCACAAGUCCCACCUCCAUGGAAAUCAGCACUACCACCAGCACCACCAGCCCCACGUCGACGACGUCUACCACAACUUCCUCCACCACCCCCUGUGAACCCGAAGUGUGCACCUGGAGCCAAUGGUUCGACGUCGACUUCCCCUCCUUGGGGCCCAACCAGGGAGACUUCGAAACCUACCAGCACAUCCGCGCCGCCGGCAAGCGAGUCUGCCUGCAGCCAAAGCAGAUCGAGUGCCAGGCGGAGGACUACCCUGAGGUUCCUAUCCAGCAGGUGGGGCAGGUCGUGCAGUGCGACGUCCACUUUGGACUGGUGUGCAAGAACGAGGACCAGACGGGCAAAUUCAAGAUGUGCCUCAACUACAAGAUCCGCGUGCUCUGCUGCACCCCCAACUACAACUGCUCAAUCCCAAUCCCCGUGAUAACAACCAGCCCCACCACCAGCACCACGACCAGAGGCAUCCCAUCCUCCACCACAGUCACCACCUCCACCUCCACGCCCUACAUCUCCACCACCACAAGUCCCACCUCCAUGGAAAUCAGCACUACCACCAGCACCACCAGCCCCAUGUCGACGACGUCUACCACAACUUCCUCCACCACCCCCUGUGAACCCGAAGUGUGCACCUGGAGCCAAUGGUUCGACGUCGACUUCCCCUCCUCGGGGCCCAACCAGGGAGACUUUGAAACCUACCAGCACAUCCGCGCCGCCGGCAAGCGAGUCUGCCUGCAGCCAAAGCAGAUCGAGUGCCAGGCGGAGGACUACCCUGAGGUUCCUAUCCAGCAGGUGGGGCAGGUCGUGCAAUGCGAUGUCCACUUUGGACUGGUGUGCAAGAACGAGGACCAGACGGGCAAAUUCAAGAUGUGCCUCAACUACAAGAUCCGCGUGCUCUGCUGCACCCCCAACUACAACUGCUCAUUCUCCACCCUCUCGCCCACCACUAGCGCAUCAUCCAUUACUCCCCUUAGUGAACCCUUCUUUACAACACCUCCUCCUCACAUUUCAACUACCCCAUGUUUCUGCAAGAUUGGUGAUGGUAUUUUUUCGCCUGGUGACUUGAUUUACAACAGGGUGGAUAGUGAAGGCUGUCGAUUUUAUGCCAUCUGUAGCCCAACAUGUAAUAUUGAACGACACACUGUACAUUGUCCUGUCACUACUCUGCCAGCCACCACUUCCUCUGAGUUGUCUACAGUAACAACAGCAUUUGCUAUGACUUCCACGCCUACAAGUGCUGUUUUUCAUGGUUGUGUUUCCACUAUUUACCCUCCAUUACAACCUGGAGAAAGAUUCAAAUUAUCCAACUGUACAGAAGUCACCUGUAAUGGAGACAACAGUAUAGAUGUAGUACCAACAUACUGCCCACCUGUAAAGGAAAUUACCUGUGCAAACAAAUAUCCACCAAUGCUGGUACCUGAUGAAAAUGGAUGCUGUUACCGAUAUGAGUGUCAAUGUGUGUGUAGUGGAUGGGGUGAUCCUCAUUACAUUACUUUUGAUGGAACCUAUUAUACCUUCCUUGAAAACUGCACUUACGUCCUGGUGAAACAGAUUGUCCCUAGAUAUGACAACUUCCGUGUUUACAUUGACAAUUAUUACUGCGAUGCAAAAGAUGGACUCUCCUGCCCUAAAUCCAUUAUUAUUUUCUACAAAUCUGCAGAAGUGGUGCUGACUCGUCAACUCAUGAAUGGUGUGAUGACCAAUGUGAUGUACUUCAACAAAAAGAUUGUUGAACCAGGCUUCAAAAAAGAUGGCAUUUCUUUCUCCACUCUUGGCAUCAAUAUGAUUGUUGAAAUAGAAGAAAUUGGUGCUGUCAUCACCUUUAGUGGUCUGAUUUUCUCUGUCAAGCUCCCAUACAGCAAAUUUGGCAACAACACUGAAGGACAAUGUGGAACAUGUACAAACAAUAAAGAAGAUGAAUGCCGCUUACCAAGUGGUAAGAUCAUUUCCUCCUGUCCCCAAAUGGCUCAUCAUUGGAUUGUUGACAACAACAAGUCGUGCCAUGGAGUACCAAUACCACCAGCUAUAACCACACCUCCACCAAAGCCGCAGUGUCAGACGCCUCCACUCUGCAAGCUUAUCUUGAGCGAGGUUUUUGCAGAAUGUCACACCGUGAUACCACCCGAACCAUUUUUCAAAGGCUGUGUUUUUGAUGGAUGUCGCAUAGAUGAUGAAUCCAUGCAGUGUUCCAGUUUGGAGAUAUAUGCUACAGAGUGUGCUGCUAGAGGUGUCUGCAUUGACUGGAGAGGAAUGACCAAAAAUACGUGUUCAUUCAGCUGUCCAUCAGGCAUGGAGUACAAGCCUUGUGGGCCCAUUAAUCCAGCUACCUGUGACCAAAGUCUGCAGAGAAUCAAAUGGAAUGUCCAGAAGGGUGAGUAUCACAACGAGUAUGGCUUAAUGGGCACAGACAACCAGGAGAAAAAUGGACAAAAGAUUGCCAAGAAUGUGUCUGUGACAAAAAUACUCUUAAGAGCCUUCUUGAGGGCAUACAGACAGGGCUGUGUAGUCAACGAAACCUAUUAUGCACCUGGAGCUGCUGUUCCAUCAGGCCCCUGUGAAGAAUGUUCCUGCUCUGCAUCCUCUCCCUCAAGGCCUCACCACCUUACCGUCAUGUGCCAGCCUGUUAUCUGUGACACAUACUGCCCACUGGAAGGAGAAAACUGGAAUCCACCUGGUGAUAACUGUACUGUUUACACAUGUGAAAAACAUGCUGACCAGUUCAUUCAAGUCAUCAAAGAGGCAAACUGUCCUGCCUUGAACUAUGAUGAAUGUGAUCCAGAAGAUAUCAGGUUAUCUGACGAUGGCUGCUGUUUAGUGUGCCAAAGAGUACCAAAACUUUGUAUGAAGCACAAUAUGACUACUGUCAUCAACUAUAAUGGCUGUUUAUCUCCUGCACCUGUUGAGAUAACAUACUGUGAAGGCAGCUGUGAUGCUUACUCACGAUAUUCUCAAAUGACAAACACAAUGGUGCACAAAUGCUCAUGCUGUCAGGAAAUCAAGACCAGCAAGAGAAAGGUGACUCUGAUGUGCAGUGAUGGAAACUCCCUGGAUCACUCCUACACCUAUGUGGAGAGAUGCAGCUGUGUGGGUGCUGAGUGCAUUACCCAAGGCAACACCCAACAGGAGACACAGCAGAAAAAGACCUCUCAGGAGCAAGCAGAUGUCAAAAAUUAG